GCGGCGCUCGGGCCUGAAGCACCGGUGUGGAGAGACACUUAGGGGUGGACCACCUGUGACUCAGGGGCAAAUGUCUGACCUAGUCAGGUGGCAGUCCUCAGACGUGGACUUUAGUGUCCCCAUUUCUUAGCCAAGGGAAAUGUACUUAAACACGUGGACAUAAAAAUUCUUCAAGUGCUCAGAAGCAAGCAAAAUAGCAACACGUGAUACCCGGAUGCUUAAAAGGCAUCAUGCCUGAAGUAUUGAAUAUGAAAUGGUUCAAUUGUGAUACUUACUGUUAAAUGUACAUUUUUGGAGAAUAUUUAGACAGUUCUCCACAUCCGAGCUGGCUGCUUGCCUUAGGAAUAUACAGAGCUCUUCCCACUGAAUGCUUAUUUUAUAAGAAUCAAAAAGGAGAAGGAAAAUAUUCUGCAUCUUUUACUUUUUGGGAUAGAAUCAGAGUAAAUUCCUUACAGCUGGGCCAUUGGAGACUUCUAAAUUGUCGUCGUCAUCAUCAUCAUCAUCAUCGUCGUAUUAACUAACUUUUAUUGGGCUCUUAAUUUUUUUCUGGAUCUUGCUUUUAAGUGCUUCCCAUCUAGUAACUAAUUUAAUCCUUGUAUUAGCCAAGCAACACAGGCACUAUUCUCUCCAUUUGACAGGAUGAUAACGAAGAUAAUUCAAAUGAUGGGACCCAACCAUCCAAAAGGAGGCGAAUGGGUUCAGGAGAUAGCUCUAGGAGUUGUGAAACUUCAAGUCAAGAUCUGGGCUUUAGCUACUAUCCAGCAGAAAAUUUGAUAGAGUACAAAUGGCCACCUGAUGAAACAGGAGAAUACUAUAUGCUGCAAGAACAAGUCAGUGAAUAUCUGGGCGUGACCUCCUUUAAAAGGAAAUAUCCAGAUUUAGAGCGACGAGAUUUGUCUCAUAAGGAGAAACUCUACCUGAGAGAGCUAAAUGUAAUUACAGAAACUCAGUGCACUCUAGGUUUAACAGCCUUGCGUAGUGAUGAAGUGAUUGAUUUAAUGAUUAAAGAAUAUCCAGCCAAACAUGCGGAAUAUUCUGUUAUUCUACAAGAAAAAGAACGUCAACGAAUUACAGAUCAUUAUAAAGAGUAUUCUCAAAUGCAACAACAGAAUACACAGAAAGUUGAAGCCAGCAAAGUGCCUGAGUACAUUAAGAAAGCUGCCAAAAAAGCAGCUGAAUUUAACAGCAACUUAAACCGGGAACGUAUGGAAGAAAGAAGAGCUUACUUUGACUUACAGACACACGUUAUCCAGGUGCCUCAAGGGAAGUACAAAGUGCUACCGACAGAGCGGACCAAGGUCAGUUCCUACCCGGUGGCCCUCAUCCCCGGACAGUUCCAGGAAUAUUACAAAAGGUACUCACCGGAUGAGCUGCGGUAUCUGCCGCUGAACACAGCACUUUACGAGCCCCCUCUGGACCCCGAGCUCCCUGCGCUCGACAGUGAUGGUGACUCCGAGGAUGCCGACGAUGGUCGAGGUGAUGAGAGAAGGAGAAACAAAGGCACUUCGGACAGCUCCUCUGGCAACGUGUCCGAGGGGGAAGGCCUUCCCGACAGCCAGGAUGAGUCUUUCCAGGGAAGACAGAGAUCCAGGGACAAAGCUGCUACUCCAAGAAAAGAUGCGCCGAAACGCUCUGUACUGUGCAAGUCAGUUCCUGGGUACAAGCCAAAGGUCAUUCCAAAUGCUCUAUGUGGAAUUUGUCUCAAGGGUAAGGAGUCCAACAAGAAAGGCAAGGCUGAAUCACUUAUACACUGCUCCCAGUGUGAUAACAGUGGCCAUCCUUCUUGCCUGGAUAUGACCAUGGAGCUUGUUUCUAUGAUUAAGACCUACCCAUGGCAAUGUAUGGAAUGUAAAACUUGCAUUAUAUGUGGACAACCCCACCAUGAAGAAGAAAUGAUGUUCUGUGAUGUGUGUGACAGAGGUUAUCAUACUUUUUGUGUGGGCCUUGGUGCUAUUCCAUCAGGUCGCUGGAUUUGUGACUGUUGUCAGCGAGCCCCCCCAACACCCAGGAAAGUGGGCAGAAGGGGGAAAAACAGCAAAGAGGGAUAGUUUUUGAUCUCAGUAUUGUAAUAUGCAUUUAAAUGAAUUAUUUGGUGCCAAUUUAUUUACAUUUCAUUUUUAUGCCAAUAAAAGAUUUGUUUUUGAAAAUUAA